UUGAGGGGAGACGGUAAACUUCCUCCGUCAGCUGCCACGUACAAACUCACUCACAACCCCACUUCCUCUGGAGGACGUAGCUUAAAAAAGGAGCAGCAGCGAAGGAGAGGGAUACACUUGAAUUAAUUAACGAUCUACCAUGUUCCUCAGGCUUCCUGUCUAUAUCCUCAUAUCUUUGCCAGUUCUUCUGGUGCAGGGCAGCACUGCUGUUUCAUCCAAGCAGAGCCCUGCACCCCGCCCGCCUCCCCCCCUUGGUGACCCCAGCUGGGCUCUUGGUCUGCACCUGUACAAGGCCCUCCGCUCUGACUCCAGCUCUGAGAACGCCGUCUUCUCCCCUCUGCUGGUGGCCUCCUCACUCGGCGCGCUGUGUGGAGGCUCAGCAGGCACCACUUCCAGCCAGCUCAAAGCCCUCCUCAAGACUACGACCCCCGCCAAGGCUGGAGCUGAAGACCUUCUGUCUGAGGCGUUGAAGAGCUUCACUAAAGCUAAUGGUACCAGCUUUCACCUGCACGUGUCUUCAGCCCUGUUUUCAAAGCAAGCUCCUCCAGUGAGCCAGUCAUUUGUGAAAGAGAGCCAGGCCAGGUUCAGACUGCAGCAUCAGUCUCUGGGAAAAGGAGACUCCAAAGCUGACCUGAAGCAGCUCCAUGGCUGGGCUAAGGCUGGGCUAGGGGGGCAGGAAGGAGCUCCUUUGGCAGAUCAAAUCCAGACUAAGGCUGGAGCUCUGAUACUGGCCAAUGCACUGCGCUUUAAAGGGCUGUGGGAGAGAGAGUUCAGCGAGGGGAGCAAAGAUCUUCGAACCUUCCUGGGGAAGAAGUACACCAAAGUGGUGAUGAUGCACAGAGCAGGUUUGUACCAUUACCAUGAGGACGUGCAAAACAUGGUGCAGGUUCUGGAGGCGCCCCUAUAUGGGGGCAAGGUCAGCAUGGUGCUCCUCAUGCCCUUCCAUGUGGAGGAUCUGGGGAGGAUGGAGAAGCUUCUGACCCCCGAGCUUUUGUCCAAGUGGCUGGAGAAGACCAACGUCACCAGUGUGUCCAUCUCACUUCCCAAGGUCAACAUCAGCAGCACGCUCAGUCUGCAGAAAGAGUUGUCCGCUCUGGGUUUGACGGAAGCAUGGGACCAGAAGUUGGCCGAUUUCUCCAGAGUGUCAGACAAGGGCAAGGGGAAACUCCACCUGGGGGGUGUCCUGCAUUGGGCUUCCUUGGAGCUGGCUGCUCAAGCUGGGAAAGGAGGCACCAAUGUAGACGAGAACGUAGAGAAGCCCAAGCUGUUCUACGGCGAUCACCCCUUCAUCUUCUUCAUCAGAGACAACACUACUGGAGCCCUGCUGCUGAUGGGAGCUCUGGACCAGGCGGAGGGAGAGGCCCUGCAUGAUGAACUGUAACACCCACAAACCUCUUUUCUUUUUCACGUCUUUAUUUAGCUCUGUUUCCUACACACUCCUUCUCAAAGUCUAGGUUUGUAAGUUGAGACAUUGUCAUUCACUGUGGCACGCUAUCACAUCAGACUAUGGCUGCCUGUCACACAUUGACACUGCAAACUCUCGCUCUGACUGACACUGACAUCCCCGACACCGACACACAUGCUGACACCUACAUGGCACGCAUAAAAAUACAGUAGAAGACGUUACUAAAGUUGACGGAUUCAGGGGAAACACUAACUUGGAGAGACUCCCUGUAUUUUGUCGUCACCCACAAAACAAAAUGUCAAACAAGAAUGCACUCACACACACUCACAUGGUAGUAGUUACACUCAACACUCUGCAGCAAAGAACGUCAAAGCUUAAUAAUAAUACCAGGCCAGGUGUGUGUGUGUGUGUGUGUGUGUGGGUGGGUGGGUGGUUGUGCGCUGACCCACAGAUCAAGGGGUGCCCAUUGCGGUGUUCUCGGGAUGGCAGGGGCCUGAGGCAGGGUCCCCUGGGCUAGAUCAGCAAAAGACUGAUGGAUCAACCGAGUGCUUAUUGAUGAGCCAGCUUAAUGCUAAUAGCCGUAAUGAGUCUCAACGCCUGUCAACAACACGUAGAGGACGGGGAUCCUUUUAAUCUCUUAAUACCAGCAGGGAUCAAUGACAGCGUUGCCCCAAGAACAUGACUGACAUCGCUUGACUUAAAUGUAACGACUUACUACGUUUAGGGUGAUUACAGCAAUUCAAAGAGGUAUUGAUUUUUUUGUAUAUUUGUUUUUGAGCUCCAUUGGGGAUAGUGUUGAUAUGGGAAUGACUGCUAAGGUGUAUUAUUUGAGGUGCAUUUAUUUAAAAUAAAUAUUUCUGGAAAUGCU